AUGGCAGUGAGGGGUGUUGCACCUCUCCAAUUCAGCAAGUCUGUUUCGUAUAAAGUGACACAUUGCAUAUCUAGAUGCAGGAGUUCAAUCCAUAUGAUACUCAUUCCCGUAGUAAAGUGUAAAAAGGUAGCCAUCUCUAGGGUGGUCCAGGGACUACCCUCGUGUGAGAGACUCAUGGCAGCAUUUGGGCUCAGUUAUUCUGAACACGAUGAUUACCUCCUCGUCUUCUCGGCGGCGUCACAGUUCGAGGCUAGCGGCAUGGCGCCGAAGUCCUUGAUGGACUGUCCCGAAAACCUUCGAUAG